AUAUGCAUAUAUUGCCCCAAUGCAUUGUAAACAGGAAGCACAACCUCCUCAUGACCUUCUUCUACCUGAAAACGUAGCGGCAGCUCUCCCUAGCGGUUAGCAAGCAGUUAGCAGCGAAGGGAGUGGAGAGAUUGAGAAGUGAAAAGACAGGAAGGCCGUGGUACAUCGGCGUCUCCUAUACUAGACCUGCAGUGGCUACGGCUGGGGGUAUGACAGCUUCUAGCUAUCGUCUUUGUAUGGACAUGUAAAUAGCUGUUUUUGAAAGAUGUGUGCUGUGCCUUCGAGAUGAGUGUGAAGGCAUUUGAGCUGGUCCCUGCUGUGGAGCGGGAGCUCCUAAUGGGAGACAAGGCCCGCAUCAACAUUGAGUGCAUCGAGUGCUGCGGCAAGCACCUGUACGUGGGCACCAACGACUGCUUCAUACAUCACUUCCUGCUAGAGGAGCAUGCCACGACCAAGGGGAUGCUAUCCUACACCGUCCAGAAGCUGCUGUUCAAGUACCUGGGUCUGAAAAAGCCUGUGGAGGCCCUAAAGGCCGCGUCAGCGUUAGAACGCAUCAUUGUCCUCUGUGAUGCUACAGUUAGUGUUAUUGACAUGAUCACCUUAGAACCCGUGCCUUCGGGCGGGGCCAAGAUCAAGGGCGUGGCCGCGUUCUGCGUCAACGAGAACCCGGUGAACGGGGACCCGUUCUGCGUGGAGAUCGGGGUGCUCUCGGCCCGGCGGCGCACCGUACAGAUAUACAUGGUUUACGAGGACAGGGUGCAGCUGGUGAAAGAGGUCAACACGCCGGGGCAGCCGUGUGCGGUCAGUCUGGACGGUUACUUCCUGUGCCUGGCCCUUUCCACGCAGUACAUGAUCCUUAACUACAGCACAGGGGCCGCGCAGGACCUGUUCCCCUAUGACAGCGAGGAGAGGAAGCCCAUAGUCAAGAGGAUCGGCAGGGAGGAGUUCCUCUUGGCUGCCCCUGGUGGCCUGGGUAUGUUUGCCAAUGCAGAGGGUAUAUCCCAGCGUGCCCCAGUGAACUGGUCAGAGAGUGUGAUGGGAGCCGCUGUGUGUUUUCCCUAUGUGGUGGCGCUAGACGAGGGCUUCGUCACCAUCCACAGUAUGCUGGACCAGCAGCUCAAACAGACCCUCUCCUUCAGAGACGGACACAUCCUACAGGACUUUGAAGGUAAGGUGGUUCUGGCCUCCACUAAGGCUGUGUACGUGCUGGUGCCCCUACCCCUGGAGAGACAGAUUCAGGAGCUGCUAGCUGGACACAGAGUGGAGGAGGCCCUGGCUCUGACUGAGGGAGUCAGGAGGAACAUUCCCAAAGACAAGUUCCAGAUAUUGCACAAAAGAAUCCUCCAGCAAGCAGGAUUCAUACAGUUUGGACAGCUUCAGUUUCUCGAAGCGAAAGAACACUUCAGGACAGGUCAGUUGGACGUCCGGGAGUUGAUCUCCCUCUACCCUCUCCUCCUCCCGGCCUCCUCCUCCUUCGCCCGCUGCCACCCGCCGCUCCACGGGUUCGCCGACCUCAACCACCUGGCGCAGGGGGACCAGGACAAGGUCCAGAGGUGCAAGAGGUUCCUCAUCACGUACCUGGGUGAGGUGCGAAGCACGGAGGGGGCUAACGGUUGCCAGGAGGACGUGGACACGGCUCUGUUGAAGCUGUACGCUGAGCAGGACCACGAGAGUCUUCUGGACCUGCUGGCCUCCCCCAACGCCUGUUUACUGGCAGACAGCGCCCCCUGGCUAGAGAAACACCACAAGUAUUUUGCACUAGGCCUCCUCUACCAUUAUAACGGACAGGAUUCAGCUGCUCUACAGUUGUGGGUGCAGGUAGUGAAUGGGGACCUUCAGGACUCUACCAGGUCUGACCUGUAUGAGUACAUUGUGGACUUCCUGGGUUUCUGUUCCAACCCGGACCUGGUGUGGAAAUAUGCGGACUGGGCCCUGCAGAGAGACCAGACGAUAGGGGUGCAGAUCUUCACCAGAAGGCCGGUGGGUCAGGACCAGGUUAAGGAGCAGAAGGACCAGGUGAACCCAGACGACGUCAUUACGUACCUGGGGAAACACAGCCAGGCUCUGCUGCUCUACCUGGAACACCUGGUGCUGGGCCGACGGAUACAGAAAGAGAAGCUCCACACACACCUAGCAGUGCAGUACACAGACAGAGUCCUGUUUCUCCUGUCUCAGUCCCCCCCAGUGGACCAACAGGUGUCUGUAGCCCGGGACAAACUCCAGCUCCUCCUCAGGGAGUCCAGCCUGUACCGCGUCCAACUACUACUGGGUAAGAUCCAGGAAUGUGACCAGUUGUUACUGGAGAGAGCCACGCUCCACGGGAAACUAGAGGAGCACGAUAAGGCGUUACACAUCCUGGUGCACCAGCUAAAAGACUUCCCCGCUGCUGAGGCCUACUGCGUGUGGGGUUCCGCCUCCCGGGACCCGGCCUACCAGCAGAGCCUCUUUCACCUCCUCCUGGGGGUCUAUCUGGACCGGGACCUUCCCAGUAGUACGGUCACCGGGGAGCUGGAGAUGGCAGCGGUGGACCUGUUAAACCGGCACGGGGAGGUGUUCGACGCUGUGCGCGUGCUGGACCUGCUUCCUGAAGGCUGGUCCCUGCAGCUGCUUCGCCCGUUCCUCGGACGUGCCCUGCGGGGGAGUAUGCACGCCUGCCGCACCUCCCAGGUUGCACUGGGGCUGGCGAGGUCAGAGAACCUACAGCUGCAGCACGACAGGUUGGAGCAGAGGAGGAGCCCAGUCCUGGUAUCACAGAAGAAGGGGUGUGUUCUGUGCCACAACACCUUCAGCGAGCCAGACUGUGUGUGUCUUCCAGGAGGUGUGCCCGUACACACACACUGUGCCGCCCAGAGGGUGGUACGAGACUCGCCCACCAGGAGACAACUAGCCAAUAGCAACAAUCACACAUGAAGCCCCUUGACCACCAUCACCACCCAAGCCUCGCCCAGAGCCAGUGUGAUGGGAGGAGCCUAGCAGCAGCCUGGGCUGUGAUUGGUUGCGUCUGGGGGGGGGGGGGGGGGGGGGUCACAUCAGAUGAUGACUAUGGGGGAUAAAAGCACAGCGGUUACCAUGGCUACCAUGGUCCAGCAUAGUGGGAGCAGCCCUGGAGCAUACUCAGAAACACAGAGCUGACCACACCUCUCUACUGUGUGUGUGUGUGUGUGUGUGUGUGUGUGAAGGAAGGAAGGUACUUAUUCCAGUGCCACCAUUCAUAAACAACAGGGAGACUGAUGACCGACUGAGUUGUGAAUGAAGUUCUACAACAAGAACUUAACUCCACAUCCAUCCAUAAUGACUCUAAACAUUGAAGUGAAACCUACAGUCUGUCCUGGUCUAGAGCUGAACCCCUCCUCUGUUAUGUCUGUCCUGGUCUAGUGCUGAACCCCUCUGUUAUGUCCUGGUCUAGAGCUGAACCCCUCCUCUGUUAUGUCUGUCCUGGUCUAGAGCUGAACCCCUCCUCUGUUAUGUCCUGGUCCAGUGCUGAACCCCUCCUCUGUUAUGUCUGUCCUGGUCCAGUGCUGAACCCCUCCUCUGUUAUGUCUGUCCUGGUCCAGUGCUGAACCCCUCCUCUGUUAUGUCUGUCCUGGUCUAGAGCUGAACCCCUCCUCUGUUAUGUCUGUCCUGGUCUAGUGCUGAACCCCUCCUCUGUUAUGUCUGUCCUGGUCUAGUGCUGAACCCCUCCUCUGUUAUGUCUGUCCUGGUCUAGAGCUGAACCCCUCCUCUGUUAUGUCUGUCCUGGUCUAGUGCUGAACCCCUCCUCUGUUAUGUCUGUCCUGGUCUAGUGCUGAACCCCUCCUCUGUUAUGUCUGUCCUGGUCUAGAGCUGAACCCCUCCUCUGUUAUGUCUGUCCUGGUCUAGAGCUGAACCCCUCCUCUGUUAUGUCCUGGUCUAGUGCUGAACCCCUCUGUUAUGUCCUGGUCUAGAGCUGAACCCCUCUGUUAUGUCCUGGUCUAGAGCUGAACCCCUCCUCUGCUAUGUCUGUCCUGGUCUAGAGCUGAACCCCUCCUCUGCUAUGUCUGUCCUGGUCUAGAGCUGAACCCCUCCUCUGCUAUGUCUGUCCUGGUCUAGUGCUGAACCCCUCCUCUGUUAUGUCCUGGUCUAGAGCUGAACCCCUCUGUUAUGUCUGUCCUGGUCUAGUGCUGAACCCCUCCUCUGCUAUGUCUGUCCUGGUCUAGAGCUGAACCCCUCCUCUGCUAUGUCUGUCCUGGUCUAGAGCUGAACCCCUCCUCUGCUAUGUCUGUCCUGGUCUAGUGCUGAACCCCUCCUCUGCUAUGUCUGUCCUGGUCUAGUGCUGAACCCCUCCUCUGCUAUGUCUGUCCUGGUCUAGUGCUGAACCCCUCCUCUGCUAUGUCUGUCCUGGUCUAGUGCUGAACCCCUCUGUUAUGUCCUGGUCUAGUGCUGAACCCCUCCUCUGUUAUGUCUGUCCUGGUCUAGUGCUGAACCCCUCCUCUGUUCUGUCCUGGUCUAGAGCUGAACCCCACCCUCUGCUAUGUCUGUCCAGGCCCAAACCUGAGAUGAGCUUGAGUCUAUCCCUGGGGAGGGUCUUACUGCAGAACACAGUGCAAGCAGACCAGUUAGACAUCUCCUCCUUCACUACAGUGGCUCCUCUCUGCUGCUGGUAUCUGAGACUGAACUUGAAGACGAUGAUUCCCCAGUGAGGCUGUGUUCACAGCCAGGAGCGUUCCUAAUUGUUGCUAAAUGUUCUGCUGUGUUGCACACACUCUCUCUCACCCCUCCAACCUGCUCCCCUUCCUGAACCUUGUGUCCACACUACUCAAGAACUGUCUCUCUGCCUUCAAGCAAAAAACACAAUGGUUUGGUUUUCACUUUGCUAACCAGGUGGGGGUGAAACAUCCAGCUAACCUGAUGCUAGCUGGUUUCAGCUCAGACCAGGUGGGGUUGAAACAUCCAGCUAACCUGAUGCUAGCUGGUUUCAGCUCUGACCAAGGUGGGGUUGAAACAUCCAGCUAACCUGAUACUAGCUGGUUUCAGCUCUGACCAAGGUGGGGUUGAAACAUCCAGCUAACCUGAUGCUAGCUGGUUUCAGCUCUGACCAGGUGGGGGUGAAACAUCCAGCUAACCUGAUGCUAGCUGGUUUCAGCUCAGACCAGGUGGGGGUGAAACAUCCAGCUAACCUGAUGCUAGCUGGUUUCAGCUCAGACCAGGUGGGGUUGAAACAUCCAGCUAACCUGAUGCUAGCUGGUUUCAGCUCAGACCAGGUGGGGUUGAAACAUCCAGCUAACCUGAUGCUAGCUGGUUUCAGCUCAGACCAGGUGGGGUUGAAACAUCCAGCUAACCUGAUGCUAGCUGGUUUCAGCUCAGACCAGGUGGGGUUGAAACAUCCAGCUAACCUGAUGCUAGCUGGUUUCAGCUCAGACCAAGGUGGGGUUGAAACAUCCAGCUAACCUGAUACUAGCUGGUUUCAGCUCUGACCAAGGUGGGGUUGAAACAUCCAGCUAACCUGAUGCUAGCUUGUUUCAGCUCAGACCAGGUGGGGUUGAAACAUCCAGCUAACCUGAUGCUAGCUGGUUUCAGCUCUGACCAGGUGGGGUUGAAACAUCCAGCUAACCUGAUGCUAGCUGGUUUCAGCUCAGACCAGGUGGGGUUGAAACAUCCAGCUAACCUGAUGCUAGCUGGUUUCAGCUCAGACCAGGUGGGGUUGAAACAUCCAGCUAACCUGAUGCUAGCUGGUUUCAGCUCAGACCAGGUGGGGUUGAAACAUCCAGCUAACCUGAUGCUAGCUGGUUUCAGCUCAGACCAGGUGGGGUUGAAACAUCCAGCUAACCUGAUGCUAGCUGGUUUCAGCUCAGACCAGGUGGGGUUGAAACAUCCAGCUAACCUGAUGCUAGCUGGUUUCAGCUCAGACCAGGUGGGGUUGAAACAUCCAGCUAACCUGAUGCUAGCUGGUUUCAGCUCAGACCAGGUGGGGUUGAAACAUCCAGCUAACCUGAUGCUAGCUGGUUUCAGCUCAGACCAGGGCUGUAUUCAUUAGGCACCAAACUGAAGUAAACAUGACGGGGACUAGCUGAGCCAUCUCGAAAAAUAAACUUGUUUUCCUUUUCCACUGCGAAACAUUUUGCUUCGGUGUUCCCUGAUGAACAUGACCCAGCUCAAUGGGAUGUGAAAUGCUAAAACACUGAACAGAAGAAUUGGCUAAUGUUUCACUGACCAAAGCAAACGUUUAACCUGAUCCCAGAUCUGUUCGUGCUCAUGCCAACUUCAUUGCUAUUAGUCAAGCCAAUUAUUUUUGGCAUGACUAUGAGUGACAAGGAGUUGUCAUGGUGACACAAACAGACUGGCACUCAGGCUAAGCUAUGUCCUAUUUAUAGAGUUCUCAGCUUUGUAUCUGUCCCAUUAUAACAUCAGUGACGGCAUGAGCAGCACCAUUGAGGCUAUCACCAUUUUAAAGUAGUACAUUUUCUUCUUUUUUUUAUGUUUGAGUGUAUCGUGUAUCGUUAAUAUUAGUGAUUUACCUCCACCUGCAUUGCCCGGGGUCUUGAACCAAAUCUUGUCAUUCAUUUGUUGUGGCCACUACAAGGCUUUGAUAUAGCUUAAAGCCAUUUACAAAACUAAGCAAACCAAUUUGAAGAAGACAAUGCUCUGAUCAUUGACCGAUCGCUCCCAACUCAUAGGAAUCGCUGUCCAGUUGACUACUUUAAAAUGGUGGAAGCGCUCCGUGGCAAAGCCCAUGCAAAUAGUGUUAUUUCCAAGUACUGAUCUCUCUCCAUCUCUAUGGUCCUGUCCCAGUUCACGUCGAUCAGUGAACAACAUGAUUGUGGGUCGAACAAAGCAAGAAAUUAGCCUUUGUAUUAACACAUGGAUUUACAGGGAAUCCUUCAAUUAUGCAAAUUAGCCGGUAAAAUCGAAUUAGUUUUUUGUGUCGAGGCGUUAAAACCAGAUGAGCGUUUUGUGAACAGUAAAAGGGAAAAUGCAUUGCAAUGCAGUCUGUCUGUUUGUUUAAAGGCUUUAGUUGUUUUGUUCUCACCCUGCUUGCAAGGUUUAUAGCAAACUGAUUUAUCGGUCAAAAAAACUAUUUUGACUUUUUAAAAUGUGUGAAAUGUCAAACUUUUUGAUGGAUUUUGCAAUAGACCAUUUGAUGAGCACAGACUAAGUGAAACUCCUCUUUUACACACACACACACACACACACUUCUCUGUUCUUCUUCUCUAUGAUAUCCAGUUUGUUUCUCUGUUGGUGAAGGGUGUUGUGUCUGUCUGUUUCUCAGGUGGCACCCUAUUCCCUAUAUAAUACACUACAUUUGACCAGGACCUCUGGCUGUUUGGGAUGCACCCUAUUCCCUAUAUAAUACACUACAUUUGACCAGGACCUCUGGCUGUUUGGGAUGCACCCUAUUCCCUAUAUAAUACACUACAUUUGGGAUGCACCCUAUAUUCCCUAUAUAAUACACUACAUUUGACCAGGACAUCUGGCCGUUUGGGAUGCACCCUAUUCCCUAUAUAAUACACUACAUUUGACCAGGACCUCUAGCCAUUUGGGAUGCACUCUAUUCCCGUCCUGAUCACACCCGUAACUGAUCACACCCGUAACUGAUCACACCAUAACUGAUCACACCUGUAACUGAUCACAGCAUAACUGAUCACACCCGUAACUGAUCACAGCUGUAACUGAUCACAGCUGUAACUGAUCACACCUGUAACUGAUCACACCUGUAACUGAUCACAGCAUAACUGAUCACAGCCGUAACUGAUCACAGCCGUAACUGAUCACAGUGUAACUGAUCACACCCGUAACUGAUCACACCCGUAACUGAUCACACCCGUAACUGAUCACACCCGUAACUGAUCACAGCCGUAACUGAUCGCAGCGUAACUGAUCACACCCGUAACUGAUCACACCCGUAACUGAUCACACCUGUAACUGAUCACACCCGUAACUGAUCACACCCAUAACUGAUCACAGCGUGACUGAUCACAGCGUAACUGAUCACACCAUAACUGAUCACAGCGUAACUGAUCACACCUGUAACUGAUCACACCUGUAACUGAUCACAGCGUAACUGAUCACACCCGUAACUGAUCACACCCGUAACUGAUCACACCUGUAACUGAUCACAGCGUAACUGAUCACAGCAUAACUGAUCACACCCGUCCUGAUCACACCCGACGCUGAUUACACCGUAACUGAUCACACCCGGCGCUGAUCACACCGUAACUGAUCACACCCGUCCUGAUCACACCCGUAACUGAUCACACCCGACGCUGAUCACACCGUAACUGAUCACACCAUAACUGAUCACACCUGUCCUGAUCACACCGUAACUGAUCACAGCGUUCCUGAUCACACCGUAACUGCUGCCAUGUGACUGGAAACAGCCAGAUAUGACUCUACAUGUUGUAGAUGAAGGUGUUGUUGUCUGGCUCUCUAUUCCCUCCAUACUCCACUACUGGUUUGACUCCCUAUUGGCACCUGCACCGAUGAUGCACUUGUUACUUGAUAAAGGAAUGAAUCACUGUCCGUUACACGAUUGAAGAUCUAAAUUAUUAUUUUUUUAAUUGUUGAAAGAGGGAAGUGUAGAAUACCGGACUGAGCAGUCUUCUAGGUUUUGUUAAAACGCCAAAGGUAUUGUUCCCCUGAUAUCUGGGGAAAACAAAAAUAAAAAAGGAUAAUUCCUGUGUACACAAAGCCAGGAGCAUAUUUGUGGGCAGGGCUGACUAUUCCAGUGGCUGGUUCCAUGCACAGUGAUUGGCCAGGAUAACUAGGUCAGAUGUACCGAUUGGACACAUUAAUUACAAUAACUCCACCCCCCCCCCCAAGAGUGGCACGUUUUGGAGGAGAUGAUGUCAGUGGACACCUUUAACACUAUCUGGCACCCUAUUUAGUAUGUAGUGCACUACUUUGGACCAGAGCACAUAAUGGGUCUGGUUUAAAGUAGUGCACUAUAUAGGGAACGGGGUUCCAUUUGCCCUGGUCUAAAGUAGUGCACUAUAUAGGGAACGGGGUUCCAUUUCAGACAGCUUCAGGACCAUCCUUCUGUGUGGUCAUCUCUGGAACGGGGUUCCAUUUCACACAGCUUCAGGACCAUCCUUCUGUGUGGUCAUCUCUGGAACGGGGUUCCAUUUCACACAGCUUCAGGACCAUCCUUCUGUGUGGUCAUCUCUGGAACGGGGUUCCAUUUCACACAGCUUCAGGACCAUCCUUCUGUGUGGUCAUCUCUGGAACAGGGUUCCAUUUCACACAGCUUCAGGACCAUCCCAUCCUUUUGUGUGGUCAUCUCUGGAUGGAUGUUCAAAAUGGACCCAUCUUUCCCAUCACUUCUCAGAUCAUUUCAGUGACGUCUGAUUUCAAGAUUUAAAAAAUUUGUUACAUGUUGAAUAACAUCUUUAACUUUGGUUCCAGUCUUCCUUCUGUUAGUGCCUGGGCUGUCGACGCUAUACACAUGGGCUCAGGUCUAAAGUAGUGCACUAUAUAGGGAAUAGGGUGCCAUUUGCCCUGGUCUGAAGUAGUGCACUAUAUAGGGAAUGGGGUGCCAUUUGCCCUGGUCUAAAGUAGUGCACUAUAUAGGGAAUGGGGUGCCAUUUGCCCUGGUCUGAAGUAGUGCACUAUAUAGGGAAUAGGGUGCCAUUUGGGAUGCAGUGGUUUACUCUGCACAAACAAGUACUUACUGUCUUCUGCCUUCUCCCCUGGCACCAAUAACACAUCAUGUGUCUAAACAUGACCUUAAACAAACCUCCUCUCUGGCUCUCUCCCUCUAGCUCUCUGGCUCUCUCUCUCUCUCUCUCUCCCUCUCUGGCUCUCUCUCUCUCCCUCUCUGGCUCUCUCUCUCUCCCUCUCUGGCUCUCUCUCUCUCCCUCUAGCUCUCUUCCUCUCUAGCUCUAUCUCUCUGUCUCUCUCCUGAUGUAUUUUAUAAAUAUAUAGAUACUGGUAUGUGUAUAUACUGUAUAUAUAGUAGUUUGUUGCUUUGUAAAUCAAUGUAGGUGGAAUGUACAACACGUGAAGAUGUCCAUUUGAAUAAACAUGACGACAUGCUGA